GAGAUUUGACCGGGCGGUGGAAACUCCGCCCCUUUUCCCUUGGAAUCCUCGGAGUCCCGGACAGCGGAGCGGAAGGAAAAAAAGCCAUGCUCGCUGCGCUGGCGAUCGCCCGGCGGGGGCUCUUGGGGGGCGGCUCGGGUGUCAACUUUUCUCGGACUAUACAGACAGGCAUCCAAAGAUUUCAAACGGUCCUGGAAAACCCGGACCUAGCAACAGACAAAGAGCUAGAUUCCACAAAGUCAAAGAACUUCAGCUAUUUUCCUCCAGUGCCGGGAGAAGAAAGCUCCUUACGGUGGGAUGGAAAGAAGUUUGAAGAAAUCCCAAUAGUUCAUAUCAAAGCUACCUACAAUAACACUCACAUCCAGGUUUUCACAGCUGAGAAAGUCCCUCUGGUCCUACUAACCUGUGGCUACAUGGGGUUCAAGAAUGCGAAGAAAUCAACGGCUCUUGCAGCACAGACAACUGGAAUUGCAGCAGGAAGCAAAGCAGCGAAAAAGGGCGUGCAUCAUGUACGAGUUGUGGUGAAAGGCCUGGGACCCGGGCGGCUGGCAGCCAUCCAAGGCUUAACCUUAGGGGGGCUGGAGGUGAUCUCCAUCACAGACAACACGCCAGUACCGCACAACGGCUGCCGUCCUCGAAAAGCACGAAGGCUGUGAGAGGCGUGGAGCGGGAGAGAGAAAGAGAAGAGGGUUGUGCCUGGAUCUCAAAUAAGUUUAUGCAGCCAUCUUCAGGCAGCUGUUCCAUCUUUCUGCAACUUUCAGAGCAGAGACAGGCUUGGGGUUUGCGCGCAGGAAGGCAACCCAGAGACUAUGUUUAUAAAGUGUGACUAUUAAAGCAAAGUUGGCUCUAUCUCAGAGGGGCCCUUUGAAUUACCGUAUUUUUCCAAGUAUAAGACGCACCGGAGUAUAAGACACACCUUAGUUUUUGGGGAGGAAAAUAAGAAAAAAAGCUGAUUGGCUGGUGAAUCGGCCUUCCGGAAUACCCCCAAUCAGCUGUUCCCAGAGGUCAAUUUUAGCAACAGGUUCCUUGGUUGUGAGCGCUGUGCAUUGCUUUUCUUUUUUGCUUUUUUUUUCUGCCUCUGAAACUUUCAGAAAAAACUUUUUUCUGCCUCUGAAACAGCUUCAGAAAAAAAGCCUCUGAAGCUCUGUUUGGGGGCUUCGUUUCUGAAGCUUCGUUUCUGAUGCUUUUUUCAGUCUCUGAAACCUCCAUUUGAGAAGCUGGGCAGGGCUACAGAGUACAAGACGCAUCCAGAUUUUCACCCUCUUUUUUUGGGGUGGAAAAGGUGCAUCUUAUACUCCGAAAAAUAUGGUACAUUUUUGUUUGGGGCUGCUUUCCUCUUCUAACGUUAUGGAUGGAAUUGUUUUUUGUUUGUUUUUUUUAACCAUCAUUUUCAACCAAAUCCAGACUGGUUGCGAUGAGCAUGUCUUUUUCCAGUUGCAAAAACAGGUCAACUGGAAACUCCUUUCCACCAUCUACAGAACUCCCCAUUGUGCUAAUUGGGAUCCAAUUCCAUGUCUCUUACGAAGAUCCACUUGCCAGGGGUGGGUGAGUUGGGUAUUUUAUUCCUCAUCAGCAAGUAAAGAGAUCUCAUCUCUAUUAGAAUUUCUCUACCAGUCAGUUAGGGAAAAGUAGGGACUCCAGGGCAGUUCAAUAGGAAGUAUGAAAAAGAGUUGUCAAGUCAGCCGACCUUGGUGGAUAUCUUGGAUUCUGGACCUUAUAACUCCGUGCUUCCCAAAUCUCAGUAAAUUAUUCAAAAUCGGGCAAAAGUACCUUUUUUGUUUGAGUAAAAAAAAAAUUGAACCCAUUACCCAAUCAAAACGGGACAUUGAAAGAUUGUCACCUGAACUAAAAA